GGGAAAAUUGGGGUUAAAAAGUUUUGGCUGCGCCCUUAAAGGAAAAUAUCAACAUUCCUAAUCUAUAUAAAUUAUUAAUAUGUAACAUUCCUGACACAUUGUAUAUAUAUGGUGGACAUGUCUCACCUUCAACGUGGUUGUUGGUUCUGACAGUAACAUUGUAGACAGACCAACAGCAUGGAAGGAAUACUGGAUGUUCCAUCCUCUGUCGACUGAAAUAAUCCAUUAGUUCCCUGAUCUGUCCAUGUUGAGGCACCAGAGAGUUGAUUUUCGCAAACAUCACCUGAAUGUGUCGGGUUGGUUUCUCCAGAUGGCUUGGGUCAGGUGGAAUAAACAGCUACGUAGCCUCACAUCUGGAAAUACCAUUUUCGCCUGAGGCCGUUUUGGCACGGUUCCGUUUUCGCUGUAACCCCUUUAUAUGACCUUGCUUUUUACUUGAGUCAUGGAGAAAACAACUCAUAAUUAGAGGUACAGUCUUUGAAAAUAUGGAAAGUAGCUUUAAUACCAAUUUGAUUGAACAUGGACAAACCUUAGUGAGCAUAUAUUGCUAAUUAGUUCUCAAUGGAUAGCAGCUCUCCACAUUGGGAGGCUGUGCGUUAAGUAAACAAGUAAAGGGAUCCGGUUGCCAUAGAUCUUUUUUCCCUUAUAUAAUAGCCUACAAUUAAACUCAAAAUACAAUGGUUUGGAGGCUUGGACUACUUAUCAAGUUAUAUAAAGUUGUCAUCAAAGGCAACUAACAAAGUUCAUUAAAAAGUGUAUGCCUUAUAUGCCUUAAUUUUGGUUUUGAUUUCGGUGCCGUUUUAGCCAUCGAUUUUCGUGCCGUUUUAGCCAACGCAGGUUCCGUUUUGCCAACAGAUUUUGGUGCCGUUUUAGCCAACACAGGUUCCGUUUUGUCCAAUUUGGUUCCGUUUUCGCUAUAACCCAAUUUUUCAGUCCACCGCCUUUCCACACACAAAUUGUCCUCGCUUUCUAAGUCAUUAAUUCUUCGAAGAUUUAAUUUUCUAACACCUUUUGACCUCACUAUUAAUGCUGCUUUGUUCCCCAUACACAGUAACUGGUUGACUGUGUCGCUUCAAAUAACUUUUCAACUCCUGUACUUUUAAACAAUCGAUUUCUUCAUCCGUAAAAUGGUAGUGCUCGUCCGUUGUUUGUUUGUGAAAUGCACUUACCGGAUGUAUUACCUAACAUUGCGCGCCUGCUGGCGGCAAAAGGAGCUAACCAACUUUUGGUAACUCCCUAUACGUCACAAUCUUUGGGAAUGGAUGAUGCAACCGUUGAAACGAAUAUUACAUAAUUUUAGAGUUGUUCGUGCCCUUUUUUGGAGGGGGUGAAGUAUAUGUGUGCGCAUGUUUUUCCCAGCAUUACACAAUGUUGUGAUAAAGAGGGGAUAUAAACGCCCGAUUUGUGUCUGUCAGAUUAAUACACAUGCAGCCGAUUUCUUUUCCUAAAGAUGGACGAAACCAUUUUGUUUUUUCUGUGCAUCUAUUGGUGGUCAGUUUAUGAUCCUUCACUGUGUCAAAUAGUGGGUAACUGUAAAGUUACCCCAGAAUCCUAUACUUAUUCGUCACACGUCAAUAAACUCACUGAACUGGAUAAAGGAAUUGGUUCUAACUCAUUCUGGUGUAGUGAUGGGGACUUACAUAACUCAUGGAUGGACUUGUAUCCCCACCUUGUCGUUAAUUUUGGUGCCACUAAGAAAACUAUUGUAGGACUAACAUUGAGGGGACCAUCAGCUGCCCACAAGAAGUAUGGAUUCCUAUCUUUCCAAGUUUAUAAAUAUGUUGAUAAUGGUGACUUUUAUGAUGCUAUCAGAGAAAAUCAUGAAAGUAGUAGAAUGGUUAAGACAUUUACUGGCCUGACAGCUGAAGACAUUGAGAAUGGUCAAUUCAAAAAGCAUGUGUUUCCAUAUCCAGUCGAUGCUAAGAAAUUGAAGAUUUACUUUAAACUAAGACUUGCACAGAAACGUGUUUGCAUGAAAAUUGAGUUCUUACAGAACUGUGGUCGACCACUUACGGAAGAAAAUAAAUGUGACAAUGCAGGUUGUGAACAAAUGUGUGUGAAAAAAAAUCAUACAUUCCAUUGCACAUGUCCAGAGAACAAAGUACUAUGGCUUGAUGGAUUACGUUGUGUAGAUAGAGGUUCUGAAGUGAAGAUCACUUCGAAGCCAAGAAAUAUACCAUAUAAAGCACAUGAGAUUUGUACAAGUGUUGAUUCAAAGUUAGCUACUAUUUUUAAUCUAAAGGAAUAUACUGAAAUGAAGAUUGAGACGGAGAAGAAUGGUGAAGAUCAUUUUAUAGGUGUUGUGGAUGUGGACUAUGAUCAAAGCUACAGUCGAUGGAUAGAUGGGACAGACGUCGUAUUUGACAAAUUUGAGGAAACCCGCGGUUAUCCAGGUUCCAUUGGCCGUAUGUCUGGAGAAUGGUGGAUCUUUAAGAACUCUAGUGGUGACUCGGAAAUUUUAUGUCGUUCUGGAAGUGAAGAUGGCUACUUGUUAACAAGCUUCUAUGGUAUAGAGCCUGACCAAUUGGUUUCAUCACCGUCUCUGGUGAAAACAUCACUAGCAUCAAUUUCUGCCUUUGAUGUUAAAAGGAGUCUUCGUGGUUUAAAGGCUUAUUUAACAACUCAUUCAGGGGAGCAUUAUGGAUUGUUCUGGAGACCAAAAUAUCCUACCAUGACGAAUAAGUUCUUAGAGGUAAUUCUCAAAGACAAUGAGAUUGAAAUAACUGGUGUCGUUGUAAUAGGCUACAGAUGUACAAGCUCAACAAUAAAGUACAGACUGAGGAAAAAUCGGCAACCUUUAGGAAACUACAAGUUCUCUGUUCCGGCACACAGUGAAAAACUUCAGUUUGUUGACCCAUCCAUUAAAGCCAGAAGGAUUGGAGUGCAACUUGAUGAUUCUGCUGAUUGUGAAGGUUAUAAGUGGGACCUAGUUGGACAAUUGAAAGGUCUAAAUGGGACGUCUCUGAUGCACAGUGCCUGGCACGAUGGCUCCUGGGUUGACUUUGCGCUGUUUGAGGGAACAGUGCCUGAACAUACAAAUGAGGAGCAAGUGGUUUUCAUGGACAGCAAUCUAUAUUACAUGUGGAGUUAUGGUCCGGCUUCCACAACACAAGCCUGCGUUGUGUGCCAGUAUAGACAACCGGACUGUACUCUACCUAUCCUGACAGGACCAUGGAAGAUCCCCAAAAGUGCAUGGAAAACCAAAGGAUUCACACUUGAUGAUAGAAUGCUGAAUAACAUUAAAUUUGACCUUCCUAGUGGAUUGCAGUAUUUUGAGACUAACACUGCUGAUAGCUAUAUACAGGUUGACCUUCAGCGACAGUUCCACCUGCAUCUGAUGAAGUGCAGUUCAAAGACAGAAGACCCCGAUAGCAGAUAUUUCAACUUAGAUAUUUCAGAGUGGAUCGAACAGAACUUCAAACCGAUUAAAGAAUAUGAUUGUGGAGCUCCCUAUGAAAUGAAAGAACAUAUUAUUUCACCCUCGAUUAAAGCCAGAAGAAUACAGAUAAAGUGGAAGGAGUCUCGUUUUACACUUAAAGUGGAACUGUUUGGCUGUCCUUCUGAACCACUUGAUGGGAAAAACCCACAGUGUGGAACAGCAAAAAUGAGUUUUUACCAUGUAACAGAAGGUGACAGAAUGUACGAGUGUGUGUACAAAUUUUGUUCUCCGUCUGUGUAUAAGACAACAUGUUCUUCAUACCCCUAUUAUUACCAGACAUUGGAUGAAUGUGAUUCCCAAGAUGCCUGCCAUUCCUUUCCUUGUAACAUGGGUGAAAUAUGUGUGCAGUACCAGACCAAUCAUGGGUGUUACUGUCUAAAACCUCCUUGUGGCAUUCAAUCUGGUAUAGACAUUAUGCUGAAUAAACACAAGGUUAGUCUGUUUGAUACGGUUAGGGUCUAUAUUGUGAUAAAACCUGAAGACGUAAAAUUCGAAUACACUGUAGAAAUAGGUGACUUAAUCUGUAGACUUGACUUCAAACCAGUCACAAACUACCUCUGUUCCAAAUUCAUGUAUAAAACUACAAAGGGAGGAACAUUGAAGGCCAUUGUGAAGAAACAUAUGCCAACUAAGAUUGAUACGAGUAAAUCUCAUACAUUUACGGUUACUUUACCUGAACCAAUGAUAAAUAGCUGCUUUAAGGAUAUUCAGAUCAGUGGUAACUCAAACACCGAUUUCAACAAGCCUGUAUACAGCACAGUGAAUGAUAAUCAGUUCACACUGUCUAAUGAAAGAGGGUGUGACAGUGCCUUUAAAAUAAUGAAAUAUAAAUGGACUUUCAGCCGCUUCGAAUCAGACACUUAUAACUUCUGUAUUAAUGACUACAGCUUUAAAGUGAUGUUUUCUUUAUCCACUAACAAUGGAGUUUUAGUUGUGAAAAAACAAAAACUUUUAGAUGGAUAUUUCAAAGUCUGCCUGCAAGUUGAUGGCGAAGUCUACUCUGAAGUAAAUGUUACCUGUGGAUAUUUCAGAGUUAAAACAGUUCCAUUCGAGGUGGUUAUUAAGCCGCCUGGACUGCAUCAGACUGUUCUAAAUACUCGUCGGGUACGACUUGAUGCGUCAGACAGCAAGGAUCCAAACAGUGGUGAUAAUUCAGGUCUCAGUUAUGAGUGGAAGUGUAAGCCAGUAAACUCAUCUCAAAACGUGUGUCACUUUGGGUCACGACGGAAUAUGUUUCCACACAAUGGACCAAUCCUGGAAAUACCAGAGAACACAUUGCCUGAUCAGAAGACAUUCAAAAUCACAGUUAGCGUGGGCAAACCAGGGAUACCUGGUGUGACAGCAUCGGUGAUCAUCUUCGUCACCAGUGAAACCAGGCCAAAGGCCAACAUAACGUGUAAUUUGAAUUGUAAUACUAACAAAGUCAUUCCAUCUAAACAUCUGGCACUGGAAGUAAAUUGUGGAAACUGUGGACCAUUUGGAGUAGUCAUAUCAGCACAUUUAUGGAAACUAUCGAAACAGACAGAUCUCUUACCGAUGAAGAUACUGCCAUUGGCAGACUGGGUGUCCAAGUUGCCGACUGGAUACAACAAAAAAUCAAUGGUCCUGCCACCAGGGACACUCAAUGCAUCUUCCACCUACCAGUUUGAUCUUCACAUUUUCUAUAACAAGAAUGCAUCAAAGGUGAAACUUGAAUAUCGGUUUCGUACCAACCAGCCUCCUGAAGGCGGAUCAUGUUCUGUAGAUCCGACGUCUGGCCAGGCUCUCAUCACCAAAUUCACUGUGUCCUGUCCUGGGUACAAGGAUAAUGACUCACCUUUAACAUACAAUGUCUUCCUGAACAAGAAAGGCAAAUCAGAUACGCUCUUGUAUCAAGGAAACGGAGAAACAACUAGUUUAGUACUUCCUGCAGGGCCACCACAGUCCAACUCAUGGCUCCAGUUAACAGUUUACAUUUCAGACUCUUUGGAUACCAGCACAAACUUCACGUUAAGAGUAAAGAAACAAGAAUGCAUCAAAGGUGAAACUUCGAAGUAUCGGUUUCGUACCAACAGCCUCCUGAAGGCGGAUCAUGUUUCUGUAGAUCCGAGUCUGGCCAGCUUCAUCACAAAUUCACUGUGUCCUGUCCCUGGUUACAAGGAUCAAUGA